AUGGGUGUACGUUCAUUCUCGCGUACCUUUCUUUUGUUGUUGUUGUUGCAGCAGCUCUUUCUGUGUUACCUUGCUGUUCCAGGAUCUGCAUUCUUUGGUGGGCGAGGGUCUGGUGGGCAACGUUCAGCUGUAGAGGAGAAGGAGGAGGAGAUGGAUUACUAUGCUGUGCUUGGGCUAAAUGAGAAGGCGACGGAUCGUGAGGUGCGGCAGAAGUUCCGUGAGCUUUCCCGCAAGUACCACCCGGAUGUGGCCAACACGGAGGAGGCUCGGGCGAUGUACAGUAAAAUCAGCCGCGCGAACGAGGUGCUCUCCGACAAGAAGAAGCGUCGGAUGUAUGAUAUGCGUGGGGAGGAGGGUCUGCGCCAGUUGGAGCGGGCGGCGGCGCAGGGCGAUGCGGGCCACGCGAUGGAUCCGCUUUCCCGCCUCUUUGGGAUGAGCUCCGGCAGCAAUGUGCGCGGGCCGAACUCGGAGGGCUCCAUCCACGUGACCCUCGAGAAGGUCUUCACCGGCGGCGAGGAGUCCGUCGUGAUUGAGAAGCAGAAGGUCUGCGGCGGCUGCAAAGGCACCGGCGCGCUCCCCGGCGGCGGCAUGGCGACCUGCCGGACGUGCGGCGGCAACGGCGUGGUGCUGCAGCGCCUCCAGCUCGGCCCGCACAUGCACCAAGACGUCCGCCAGACGUGUCCGGCCUGCCGGGGCCGCGGGCGGGUCGCGAAGGCGGCGUGUCGAAUAUGCGGAGGGGCGCGGGUCGUGCGGGGCGAAGUGCCGCUGCACCUCGUCGUUGAGCGCGGCGUCGGCGAGGGGCACACGGUGGUCUUCGAGAUGGAGGCAGACGAGUCACCGGACAUGGUGCCAGGCGAUCUGCACAUCUCCAUACACACACACCCGCACCCGAGGUUUAGCAGGCGGCGCAAUGAUAUAGACCUCGAUACAAACAUCACCAUCACCCUAAAAGAGGCACUCCUCGGGUUUAACAAACAAAUACCGCAUCUAGACGGUACAAACACCACCGUAGAGGCUACAGGCGUCACACCCUAUGGAACUGUAUUGCGGUUACGGGGAAUGGGCAUGCCAAAACACAAUAUGCCAUCGGAAAGAGGGGACCUUUAUGUUAAGGUACACUUUGAACUCCCCAAAACGUUAACACAGGAACAGAAAAAAGAGAUUGAGGAACUCUUCUAG